AUGAUGAUGGCAAUUGGAGAAACUUUGAGAGUAACACUGUGCAGUACUAGAAACAAACUCCCCAUUUCCAAGGGGCUUUCAGUUCUAACCAGUUACUAUGAAGCGGCGAGACAGACCCAUAUCUUAUGUAAUUACCGUAUCCUUCGUGAGACAACAGUUGGAAGUAGGAAGAAGAGCGGCGGCGCUAAGAAACCUCCAGUGCCUAUUCAUGGGAGUAAAUCUUAUAAGUUGGGAGAGAAAAGGCUUUACUCGCCGUUUCACUAUCCUGGACAGACAAAAGCCGAGUGGGUGACGGCGCGCCUUGAUGAUAUUCUGAACUGGGGGCGCAGCCGUUCCCUGUGGCCCCUCACCUUCGGCCUGGCCUGUUGCGCGUUGGAGAUGAUGCAUUAUGCAGCGCCUAGAUACGAUAUGGACCGCUACGGCAUGGUAUUCCGCGGUACGCCGCGUCAGACGGACGUUAUCAUCGUGGCGGGCACCGUCACCAACAAGAUGGCGCCCGUGUUCCGGAAGACCUACGACCUAAUGCCGGACCCAAAAUGGGUGGUCUCGAUGGGCAGCUGCGCCAACGGUGGCGGAUAUUACCAUUACACGUACUCAACCGUCCGAGGGUGCGAUCGGAUUGUACCUGUACGUAUGAUCACUUAUAAAAGAUUCCACAAAACAAUGUGA